AUGCCGUCUGGAGCUCCUAGUAGCUCCCGCCGCUCGCGCCCAACGCUGCGUCAGGCUACAUUUGUUCUCCCGAAAACAGGCCAACGCCUAAAAGGCCUCGUUAACCUCCGAAACUCCACGCCAACCUCCAACGACAACGAGGAAAGGCGCGGGCUCCUCACAAACGAGAUCCAACAUUAUGAGGGGUACCUCGACGCGCUCACGCGCCGUAUCCACGAUAAAUGGACGCAGACAAACCAGUUCGUUAGAUCCGAACAGGGCAUUGGGGUCUUGAAGUACAGUCUUGCCUAUUUGGUCGGAUCUCUUGCAACUUUUAUCCCCGCGGUCUCGGCCAUGCUGGGCCAUCAGGAUGGGAAACACAUGGUGGCUACGGUCACGGUCUACUUCCACCCUGCCAGAUCUCAGGGUGCAAUGUUCAAGGCUUUGAUCUGUGCGUUCCUGGCGUUCUGCUAUUCUACCUUCUUGACUAUUACCAGCAUGUUCGUGGAGAUGUUUUUCCAGGACACAUUGGAAUUGACUGCGCUUGGCCAUGCGGUGGUUCUGAUAGUGUUUUGUGGUGGUGGCCUUGGCUUUGUCGGUUGGACCAAGCAACGACUGGGCGAUCCUCUGGUGAACGUUGCCUGUUCACUCACUGCUCUGUCAACAAUCACCCUUUUGACCAAGGAAGGUUCUGUGCAGAGCGGCGACAUAUCUCUUGCCAAGAUCUUCCAAGUCUUGAAGAUGGUUCUGAUGGGCGUCGUGGCAGUCAUGGUUGUAUCCUUUUUCGUUUUUCCCAUAUCAGCGCGUAAAAAGCUGCGCUCGAACCUCGUCACGGUCACUGAUACAUUGGCUCUAAUGAUGGCACUUAUCACGGAAAGCUUCUUGAGCGGGACUGAGGAGGUCCUUGUUUCGACCGAAUUCGUUGACGCAGAGGCAAAGCACCGCAAGGCCUAUAGCCAGCUUGACAGGCUUGUCCGAGAAGCUAAACUUGAGCAUUAUGUGGCAGGCACUGAAAAAGAGUACAGGCUCGAAAAGAACCUCGUCCGCUGGGUGCAAGAUAUCACUCACAAUAUGGGAGGACUUCGUAAUGCAGCUUCUCUCCAGUUCAGUUUGAUUCGUGAGACUAUCGCCCGCGAGUCUACCUCUCCGGAAGAUCUGCAGGGUAGCUCUACUCAUGUGGACUAUUUUACGCCCCUCGAGCGAUCCUGGUCAUUCCCCGAUGGGUCCUUUCUGGAGCCUAUUGUUGAGCGACCAGAGGAGGAACUAUCUCCAGGUGGUUCCCACCAACUUGGAAGUGCUGAAUCAACACCAAGACCCGCACUUCUUCCAGCAGAUGUCUUUACUAUAUUCAUCUCUCACCUAGGUCCUGCAAUGCGAUCUUUGGCCUUUACAUUGAAAGAAAUCUUCAAGGAAAUUCCAUUUGGGCCUGCACCACACUACAAAGUCUCAGUAAAUGGUCGACUGCGAAUCAGUCUUGACCGGGCCCUUGAUCUUUACAAAGAAUCACGUGAGAAGACACUCGCAGCCUUGUAUCAACAAAAGGAGACGAUGAAAUUGAAGACCCGCGAAGCUGAAGCCGACCUUGAGGAAGUUACAGCCAGCUGUGGCCAUUUCAGCUUUUCUCUUCUCGAAUUUGGAGAGCAGCUCCGAGAGAUGCUUUCCAUCUUAGAUGAGCUGCAGUUGGAAGUAGAAGAGCGGCCUCAUGGGCGAACCUGGUCAUGGCUCAAAGUCUGGCAGUGGUCGAGAAAUACAGACACCGCUAAAAUAGCCUCCUUUCAUGCUGAAUCAGCUUCCAGAUCUUUCAAUCCACCCGCUAAUGAGCAGGCCCUACAUGGGCAUGCUAGGCAUGCAUCAGAUGGCCUAAUUGCACACGAUAGACUGUCAGUCAAUGUUCAGACACGAAAGGGCCCCUCAGAAAACGACACAACAAAGCAAAGACUCGGUUACCGUUUAUGGAAAUGUCUUGGGUUCUUCCGACGAGAUGAUACGAAAUACGCGAUCAAGGUUGGUGCAGGAGCCGCCAUCUACGCGCUGCCUGCUUUCCUUCCUUCCACUCGCCCGUUCUAUGGGCGCUGGCGAGGAGAAUGGGGUCUGUUGUCAUACAUGCUGGUUUGCUCAAUGACAAUCGGGGCUUCGAAUACGACGGGGUAUGCCCGUUUCCUCGGUACUUGUUUGGGAGCAGUUGCUGCUAUCUUCGCAUGGAACAUCACCGCUGGAAAUGUAUUUGCUCUUGCAUUCUUGGGAUGGAUAAUGGCCGUUUGGACUGGAUACAUCACUAUCGUUCGUGGGAAUGGACCCAUGGGCCGGUUCAUCAUGCUCACCUACAACCUCUCCGUGCUAUAUGGCUAUUCUCUCUCUCAGAAGGCGGCAAAUUUCGACGAAGACGAAGGCGGUUCUAAUCCAAUCAUGACUGAAAUUGCACUUCAUCGAGUUGUUGCUGUGUUGUCUGGAUGCAUUUGGGGAAUCAUCAUCACUCGAAUGAUUUGGCCCAUCAGCGCAAGAAGUAGGCUCAAGGAGAGCCUGAGUCUUCUCUGGCUGCACCUCAGUCUUGUCUGGAAACGCGAUCCCCUCUCCAUCAUGGCUAAAGGCCAAAGGUCUGUAUUAUACAUGACACCCCGACAGAAGCUUGAGAUUGAAAGAUUUCUGUCUCGACUGGAGUCUCUUCAGGCUGCGGCAGGCUCCGAAUUUGAAUUGAAGAGUGCAUUCCCCGAAGCCUCUUAUGCCAACAUUGUUCGCCGUACACGCAGCAUGGUGAAUUCUUUCCAUACUAUGAAUAUCGAGCUGAUGAAGAAUGAUUUGGCUACUGAGGGUGAAAUCAGCCUUCUUCAAUACACAAAAUUAGAACGGCGACAGCUAUCUGCUCGCGUGAGCCAUCUACUAUCAGUGAUUGCCUCAUCAAUGAAACUCGAGUACCCUUUGAAUGAUGUGCUUCCUAGCAUUGAGCAUGCCAGAGACCGAUUGCUUGCUCGCAUAUAUCGCUAUCGCCUGGAUCAUGAAGCAUCUCAACAGACCACAGAUGAGGACUGUGCUUUGCUUUAUGCCUAUAUUUUGGUGACGGGCCAAUUAUCGAAUGAGAUCACGGAGAUCAUUGCGGAGAUCGGACAACUCUUUGGGGGCAAUACUGCUAAGUUUGGCGCACAUCGAUGUAUCCGUUUCUGGCGUCUGGCGGGGAACCCAACCAUGCAGAUUGAUCCGGCAGCUCUGAGUCGGAGUGACUCUAUCUCAAAUCCAAAAGGCGCCGUGCCCAACGGCUCAGUAUCCGCGAAGACCUCCAGAGCUCUAAUAUCAGUGCCUCGGCUGGAGCUGGAGCAUGCCUACACGGACCUGAAGGCCGCCAUCGGAGACAAGUGGGCCGAAUACAAAGAGUCUACAGCGCUGUUCUUACUAGGACAUUACAACCAGAGCGAAUACUCGUCACGCGUCGACUACUUCUUGUGCGCCGAUCCUAAAAACGAACAUCUACAUAAUAAUUUUGUAUGCGCGCUCAUCGGAAACCUCACGCGAGACCUCCCCGAUCAUGGCGUCGCAAACUGGGUAUCGGCCAACGAUAAACCAUCAACGGUGUCGAAACCCGUCUCCGGAGAUGCUGCGGAACAAAGAUUGAAGACGGAGGUCAUGAAAUUACCUCCGAGGGACCGUCGGCGCAUAAAGGGAAUCCCAGAGCGAGAUCCCAAUGAAACGGCUCCUAUAGAGCUCGAAGAAAGCCAUCUAGCUAAGCAAUUCAAAUUACCCAGCCAGGUUCCCGCAAGUGCAGGCGGGCUGAACAAAACUAACUGGGAACUCGAAAUCCGAAAACGCUAUGCUCAGCCUCUCGCCGCAGAAACAGGCGAAUUCCCCGAUGCCGAAUCCAUCCAUGCUCGCAUGGUCCCCAUAUGUUACGAAGAAUCUUUACCCAGCGGUGCUGGGCUCCCAUGUGCUGAGUUCAUGGCAAUUGCGACGGAAACUUUCGUGAAGGAAGUUUUAUCCGCUGUGUUCUCGCGCACCCGUUCGAAUGGCCCCUCCGGCACAAUCAAUAACAUGAUGAUGCGUCAGUACCGACACCAACUAGAAGUUGAAGAGCUUGCAUUCACACGUGGAGAAAUUGCAAAGGAUGCUGCCACAGGCCUACUCCCUGUUGAAGCGAGAGAGGCCAACAUUCGAAAACCAUUGGGCGUUAGAGACCUGCGAUUAACUUUGGAGCUGGGCGGUGGUGUCCUCGGCCACAUGCCACUCAUUGUGGACCAAAUCAUGAACGGAUACUUCGAAGACGAACUCGAGACUGAAAGACACGAACGGUUGGAGAAUGGUGUUGGUGAGCCGCAUCAAGAAAUCAAACCCGAAGACGAGAUGGACUUGGACGAAGAUGAAGACGAAGACGGUUCUCUGUUAGACUGGGAAGGCGGCACACUGGGUGAUCGAGAUCAGUUGAGCUCUUUGCUCGAUGAGUGUCUUUCCAUGGCCGCAUGA